GGCGCUGUCGUAAAGCACUCUGGUCGUAAAGCGAGAGCGGGGAAAUCGAGGGGAGGAAAGGAAGGUCGCGGCCUCGGGAAGCGCGCCGGUGAGGAGACCCGGAUGGGCUCUGGUCGGCUUCUACGGGGAGCUGAAGGCCUUAUUUCUUCGGCGAGGAGGCGCCGGCGCUGAGGCCCUGGGCGGAGAUGGCCCUGCGCUUGCUGUCGGGCGUCCGGUGGCCGAGGGCCGGCCAAGGAUGGAGGGUCCAGCCCAGCGCCCGUCGGAGCAGCACCAGUGGCGCAGAGCCCCCCCUGGCGCCCCUGCCCUCCCAUGCGCAGGUGGUCAUCUGCGGCGGAGGCGUCAUGGGCACCUCUGUGGCUUAUCACCUCUCCAAGCUGGGAUGGAGGGACGUGGUCUUGCUGGAGCAGGGCAGGCUGGCGGCUGGCUCCACGAGGUUCUGCGCGGGAAUCGUCAGCACGGCGCGGCACCUGUCCAUUGAGCUGAAGAUGGCCGACUACUCCAACAAGCUGUAUCAGCAACUGGAGCAAGAGACGGGGAUAAAAACUGGUUACAUGAGGACUGGCUCUAUCUCGCUAGCUCAGACGCAAGACCGGCUGAUCUCCCUGAAGCGCAUCGCCUCGCGGCUCAAGGUCAUGGGAAUCCCGUGUGAGAUCAUCCCACCCAAGAGAGUUGCGCAGCUCCAUCCGCUUAUCAACAUCCACGACCUGGUGGGGGCCAUGUAUGUGCCAGAAGACGCCGUUGUGUCGUCCGCGGAUGUGAGCCACGCCUUGGCCAGUGCUGCUUCUCUGAACGGAGCCCAGAUCCAUGAGCGGACAAGUGUCAUCCAUGUUGUGACCCAGAAAGGCUGUGUGGCUGGAGUGGAGACUGACCGGGGGUCAAUCGAGUGCCAGUAUUUUGUUAACUGUGCUGGACAGUGGGCAUAUGAGCUAGGCCUUUCCAAUGAGGGGCCGGUCACCAUUCCUUUGCACGCCUGCGAACACUUCUACCUCCUCACGCGGCCCUUGAAGACCCCCCUGGACAGCAGUACACCAACUAUUGUGGACCUUGAUGGGAGGAUCUACAUUCGCAACUGGCAGGGGGGCAUCCUCUCAGGUGGCUUUGAGAAGAACCCCAAGCCGAUUUUCACAGAGGGUCGGAACCAGCUCGAGAUACAGAACCUGCAGGAGGAUUGGGAUCACUUUGAACCCCUUCUGAGUGCCCUUCUGCGGAGGAUGCCGGAUCUGGAAGCCCUGGAGAUUGUGCAGCUGGUGAAUUGCCCAGAAUCCUUCACUCCAGACAUGCGGUGCAUCAUGGGAGAGUCGCCCAACGUUCAAGGCUACUUCGUUCUGGCAGGCAUGAACUCAGCUGGCACAUCUUUUGGUGGCGGAGCAGGCAAGUUCCUGGCUGAAUGGAUGGUCAAUGGCUACCCCUCGGACAACGUCUGGCCAUUGGACCUGAAGCGCUUUGGUGCUCUGCAGGGCAGCCGCACCUUUCUCCGCCAUCGCGUCAUGGAAGUCAUGCCCCUGAUUUAUGAUCUGAAAGUGCCCCGUUGGGAUUUCCAGACUGGAAGGCAGUUGCGGACAUCGCCCCUCUAUGACCGGCUGGAUGCCCAGGGAGCCCGCUGGAUGGAGAAGCAUGGCUUCGAGAGGGCUAAGUACUUUGUUCCGCCCGGGAAAGAUCUGCUGGCUCUGGAUCAAAGCAAGACUUUCUACAAGCCAGACUGGUUUGAUAUUGUGGGGGAAGAGGUCAAGUGCUGCAAGGAGGCGAUCUGCGUCAUCGACAUGUCCUCUUUCACCAAGUUUGAAAUAAGUUGCAUGGGGGACCAGGCCUUGGAGGUCCUACAGUAUCUGUUCUCCAAUGAUCUGGAUGUGCCGGUCGGCCACAUCGUACACACAGGGAUGCUCAACCACAACGGCGGGUAUGAGAACGACUGCAGCAUCGUCCGCUUAAACAAACGCAGCUUCUUCAUGAUUUCCCCCACAGACCAGCAAGUCCAUUGUUGGGCUUGGUUGAAGAAGCACAUGCCAGAAGACAACAGCUUGCUCUUGGAAGAUGUCACCUGGAAGUACACAGCCUUGAAUCUGAUCGGCCCGCGUGCCGUGGACGUUCUCUCAGAGCUCUCUUACGCACCGAUGACUCCUGACCAUUUCCCCUCCCUCUUUUGCAAGGAGAUGAGUGUGGGUUACGCCAAUGGCAUCCGCGUCAUGAGCAUGACGCAUACUGGGGAGCCUGGAUUCAUGCUCUACAUUCCCAUUGAGUAUGCUCUGCAUGUGUACAAUGAAGUGAUGAGCGUCGGGCAGAAGUAUGGCAUCCGGAACUCAGGCUACUACGCUCUCCGCAGUUUACGCAUUGAGAAGUUUUUUGCCUUCUGGGGCCAAGAUCUGGAUGCUUUCACCACCCCCUUGGAAUGUGGGCGUGAGUUCCGGGUUAAACUGGAGAAGGGCACCGACUUCAUUGGGCGGGACGCACUGAUGCAUCAGAAGCAGGAAGGCGUCUUCAAGCGCUUCACCAUGUUCAUCCUGGAAGACCACGACACUGACCUGGACCUCUGGCCCUGGUGGGGGGAGCCCAUCUACCGGAACGGCCAGUACGUGGGCAAGACCACCAGCAGCGCUUACAGCUACACGCUGGAGCGACACGUCUGCUUGGGCUUCAUCCAGAACCCGGACCCUGAAACUGGGGAGGCACAGGUGGUGACACCCGACUUCAUCAACCGGGGGGAAUAUGAGAUCGAUCUGGCAGGACAGCGUUUCCAGGCCAAAGCCAAGCUGUACCCCUUCAGCUCCCUCUUCACCACCCGGAGGCACAAGGAUGAGAUGGAGUUCAGCGGCUUCCAGGGAAAGUGAGGCCAUCCUAGAAGAGCAGCUGCAGCGGCUCCAGACUCUUCCUCUGCUGCUUACCAGGCUUCCAUAUCGUCUUUUUGGUCUGUUACAUUUUGUAAAUGCUCACUUUUAUCCUUCCCCAUCAAUCCUCUGCCCUUUCCUGCCUUCCCUAGUUGCACUUGCUGGACUCCAGGACACCAGGGCUCUUGGGAACUGGAGGGCAGCCUCUGCUUAUGGGGCAGGUGAAGACGCACACACCUGAGCAUGCUCUGGGAAUGCUGGCUGUGUUGCAUCAAAGGGAAUCCUUGAUGCUCAGCCUUGGGACCUCUUUCCUUUUAUGGCACUUAAUCCUAUCGCCCAGGGAGCCAUAAAAACCUUUUGGACACAGGACACCUCCAUCUUCACCUUUGCAGCUGGCUUUCUCUUGGGCUGUCUAUCAAAAGGAUUGGCAGGUGCUAGAAGGAAAUCCACCCAUUUAUUUAUUUUAUGUUUUUUUUUUUGCAGUGGGAAAUGGUGCAAUCAUUUAGUGGUGGCAUUGUCAGUGUCAGUUCUCUCCCUCCCGGGUGCGGGGUUAGUGUCCUACAAGAAGCCUCAAAUCUUCUGAAUGGUUGAUCCAAGAAGAGAGGAAGUGCCUGCGGUCUCUUCUCUCAGACCUCCUCAGUCUGUAGAAAGGACUGGAGGGAGUUGGACAUAGAAGAUGGUUUCUGGACUCUUGCUAGGCAGAGAAAAGCAUUAGGUGCAGGCCUUGGAUCCAACAGAAGUGGUCAAUCUGUCUCAGUCAGCUCUUGAACUCCUCUGUGGAGGGAGAAUUGACUUUUGUCCAGACUAGAAACGACUGGAACAAAUGGGGUGAAAGCGAAGCCUUUUAUCACAGGAGUGGGAAAACUGCAGACCCUUGGCUGCAGGUGGAUCUCCCAAAAUCUCCCUGAUCCUCCCCAUAGUCCUCCAGAUUGCCUCAUUGUCACCUCUGGAGGACCACAGGAGUGAGGGAGAUGCCUCUGGAGCAUCUCCCAAGCCCAUCCCAAUGAAUUGAAUCAGCUCCCAAAUUUUGACAAUGGUACCCAGAGGUUGAUGUCCUGAUUCCUUCCUAGCCCACUCUGGGCCAUAGGGGCACCAACUGGCCCUUGCACCCUUUGACAUUGGUCACUCCUACUCUACCAUAUCACUUUGACGCUCUCCAAAUUCCAUGUCUGGCUGCUCUUAUGCCAAAGAGGCUUUUCAGGAGGAAUAUGGGGUUGGUCCUAAGGCAGAGGUUCUUCAGUCCUAUAUAUUUUACAUUGCAAGACCUGUGGGGACAACUGACUCAUAUCCCAGGGUGCUGUCUCUUUUCCCAAGCCCCUGUCAGUAGCUCCCCUUUUAUCACCCCAGACAUAGUUUGCAGCUCCUGCCUCUUCUAAACAUUGCAUGUGGGGGAAUUCCUUCACUAGCAAAUUGUCUCCUCUUCCUUCCUUUACACUCCUGAUACCCAUGCCUGAAGGGUCACUCCAGUUUGGAUCUCUGGUGCACUUUUUAAACACAUUUGUUCAUACUGAGGUUGCAUGCCACCCUUCCCCGAUCCUCCAUUCUCCAAAACUGGGACGGGUGUGUUUGCUUUCAUUUUUUUCAGCAUUACUUUAACUCUAACUGCAAAGCUGUUGCAUACAUCUCUUCUGUGGAAUAGGUGCUAGAGACUGGGAGCUAAGCAGACCUCUCUCCUUCCCUUCAGAGUGCCUUAUACGCUCAUGAAUGUUACUGGAAGGGGCUGAGGGUGCCCUCGGCUCCAUCCAUUCUCCAGUACUUGACUCUGCUGAUGCUUCUUGACCUGGGCAGGGCAAUAUAUCAGGGCCUUGGGGUGCUUUUAGCCUUUUCUCACAGUCUGAGGAAGUGGGCCGUUGUGUUUUUAAGAGGACUUUAUGUGCCUGGAGUGCAGAGAGAGCAUUCUCAGAGACCAUGGGCUCUUCUUCCGAAGCAUGCAAGGCUGGGCAGGGGAUGUCAGCUUCCCAUCCCUGCCCAUGCCACUGGGAAAGCUGCACCUUCAUCAUGUGGCAUUUCAGCAGUUGCGUCCUGUUCCACAGUGGUUUUUUCAAUGCUACCUGGUUUGUAUAUCAAUAAUAAAAGAGAAUCAUUUUAGCUACUGAU